UAAAGAUGGCGCUGUCCAUAAAAGCAGUCUGUCUCGGCGUAAGAUCAACACAACAGUCAUUAUUUCUUCUCCAGAAAGCUUUUAAUGUACAAGCAUUACAGAAAAGUCAAUGUGUCUGCUCAACACAGACGGCUAGAAGUCUUUCAACCAGCUGUCGAAGACUAGACAGUUUCCCUCCUAGUUUCUACCACAGAAAAGACACUAUAGAUGAAUCACAGCCUAAGACUGGCUUCAUUGAAUCUAAAGAAGAUUUCAAAUUUGUGGAGAGGUUGAUUCCAUCGCUAGAGCCUCCAACCCCACCUGUUCAUGAGAAGUACCCAACGCCUUCAGGCUGGUCUCCUGCUAAAGGAGCUGUGCUAGGAACACCAUACAGCAUACGGAGAACAAGAUACCAUAGUGUACCAGUCUACAUGGAAUUAAAAUACGGUGAAAAUCAGCAACUUACAGUAAUCAAGAAUGUUGAAGGAGAUAUUUGGGCUUUUGGGAAUGACCUAAAGGAACAUCUCGAGGCCAAAGAGGGUCGCCCCAUACCCAUGAGGGUCAACGAGGUCACACAACAGGUCAAGUUCAAGGGAAUGUAUCGAGAAGCAGUUAAGACAUGGAUGGCCAACAAGGGCUUUUGAUACCAAAUCUGUCCCCAAGACAAAACUGACGUUGAAACUACUCAUGUGGACUCUGAUAAGUUAUGAUAUAGUGAUAGCAGUUUUACAUACAACUUUAACCUACUUUGUUCCUUUUGAGAAAAUAUGCCAGACUUGAUUGCUUUUCAACAAUUUCAGAAGUGAAAAUGUGAGUGGAAAAGUUCUAUUCAAGUCUUUUAAUUUUUUGAUAUGGAUAAAAUUGUCAGAUAAUGUUCCUUCACAGAAUAUACAAUGUUUGUGCUUUUAUCCAAAGUCAGGGCUUGAUUUCUGGGGGAAAAUCCACAAGGCCUCAGGAUUGUAGCUCAGAAUCUUUACGGGACUGGGAUUUCAUUUAAAAGACAAGAGUCAAAAUGAAAAGAACCUAGAAUCAAAAUACGAACUUGAUUUUAUUUUGUAAACAGUUUCAGUUGAACAAAAUACUCAAAGAAUAUUGAUCUCUUGUGUAUUAUCGGUGAUACUCACCAGUAUUGAACGAUUUUUGUGAGACUCAAAACACAACGUUUAAACAUCAAUCUUUUGAGAUACAGGUGUUGAAUUGAAACAAGACCACUGGACUUUCAGGUCUUGAACCUGCGGUCUCGUGUAAAGUUUGAUCCCUGCAAAGUAGUCUUGGUGCAAGACGUUUCUCGUUUUCCUUUCACGCACACCGCAGCCAAUUCACGGACAGCGCCCGCACCGACUCACCUGACUUAGUCCACUCACUGCCCCGAGAAACGUCUUGCACCAAGACUACCUGCAAAGCUGUGUUUAGAUGAUUUGUUAGAGAGUACCAUUUGCAUUUUAAUUGUAUUUAUAUUGGAAGGACCAUAAACGGUGUGAAUGCUGUAGUUAAACAAAAUCUGUAUUAAAAAGCCUUGAGAUAUAUAAAAGUACCUACAAAUCAUUGACAACCUUUUUGUGUGAAAUGAAUUCCAAUGAAUUGCUUACUUAGGGCAUACAGAAUAAUCUAUGUUUACAGCUUCGACAGCUUCUUUCAGGAUGGUCUGUGCUGUUUUGUCGUCAUCGGUAAAUCUUGUUUUGAUAGUCCACCUCGUUACAAUGGUAGAUAGAAACAAAUUUUGCAAAGUUUUCUGUUAUUGGCAAUUUUCUCUUUUUUUUCGUGGGUCAACUGACAAAGGUUCUGAUACUAUUUCUGAUUAUAUAGUCCUUAAAAGGUUGCAGAAAGCCCUUCCAUUUUUCCAGCUUGGAUCGCCAAACCUACAAAAAGACUUUACUUUUAACCAUUUUUUUAAGGAUAAAAGUUCAAACUUUUUAGCUACACACAAAAUGGCUGAGUCCAUUAUCAGAAUACUGGAAUCCACAAUCAGGCUUUGAUCUUAUCGUAUCUAAAAAAUAUUGUCUGUCAGGCCAGUUUGUGCUUGCACAUGGAUAGGGCAGAUAUAAUGGAAAGUUUGUUGACAUGAAGUACCUACUACGCCCAUCAUGUGAUUUACCCCCAAGUUUUGUGUGCCAUAAAAAGUCAAUACCGUAGUAUAUAUCAUAUGCACACAAAAACAUCUGCAAAGUACCCCGUACAAAAAGUGUGUUUCAUAUUCAGAAGGUUUUCCAUUGUUUCUAAUUUCCACAAAAUGAAUGCCAUGAAAUGUAAGUUUUCCAAUUUGAUUAUUAUUGACCUCUAGCUCUUAAACAAAAGAAAACAUUUUAGUUGUUCUAGAAAAUUACAAACAUGCCUAAUGCCAUGAAAUGUGAAUGACCUGAGCUUCACAAUCAGCUGAGAUUGGUUUUGAGUCCUCUGCACAUUUUGCAGGUAUCGGUACUAAAUAUAUUAAGGUGAUAUGAGCAUUUGACCAUGCAAUUGUGCUGUUAGUUUAUUUUUAUUAAUAAAUUGUAAGUAUAACAUUGGAUAAAAGACCUCCAUAUGGUUGGACUGUAAUAGCCGGGUUCACUCGUGUAAGUUCUGCUACCGGUACAUAAUGCCAGCUGCAUUCAACCUUAGUUGAACUUUCAACCUUGGUUCAACCAUACUUGUAUAACAAGUCUAGUUGUUUGCCCAAUGAAUCCGGGUCUAGUUUCAAUGACAGACAGACACACGUGGUGUUUACUGAUCGAUAUAUUCUUUGUCUCAAGUCCAAUUUUGACAUCAUAGGCUCUCAUCACUGUGUAUAGGCCUACUGGGUAUGACAGUUUCAAACCGCUAGCAAGUGUAGAUCACACAGUAACAUGGUUCUCUCUUCUAAAUAAUGCAACAAAAAGCAGACUCGAGUCAUGUUCACUCCAUUACUUUUCACUAAAUAUCAUCAUCUUACUGUGCAGAAAUUUCCUCAGGGUGAAAAACUUGCACUCAGGUUGAGGUGCAACCAGGCAGGUGCAGACUAAACUCAAUGCACUAAAACAGAAGUUUGUGCAAGUAAAGCAGUUUUAUAGGCCUACUUUGUGUGGGGAUGGGGGUUAGAUGAAGGUGACAUUGCUUAGUCUGUUCUUGAAUACAUCUAGGGUCUGAACAACAACUUGCUUUAGCUUGGGCAUUGAACUGCACUUCUGUUUUUAAUUGUUUACAUACAGGCAAGCUUCAGUAUGUACUGACUUAAUGCUUUUAUAUUUGUAAUAGGCAAAGUGGCAACAGUUUAUUUAGCUCUUUUAUUAAUAAAACACUAGUACCGCAGCCAAGAACCA